GAUCGUGAGAACCGCCCGCUCGACCUCUCGCAUCCACUCGUACAAGUUGUUAUCGCCUGGCUGACUGCCGGCCCAUCCUCCACGCAACCCGAUUUCCUGGCCAACAAAAACUCGCAUGCAAUCUCAGCUGCCCAGAAACCUUCAGUUGUGCCUACGGUCCUAGGCGGGUUCGACUUGGAGCAGGCUUGGCGUCAAGGCCUUCGAAAUGUAGGCACGCCUCUGAUCUCCGGCCACACCUGUUCAGAAACAGAACGAAAACUUCGCCUUAGACAUCCGCUAAUCUCAGACUACUUUUGUCCAGUCAGUAUUGCUCGUGAUGGUGAACAGAUCAAACCCGUGGCUUCUGGUCGUCUGAAGAAUGAGCAUCUUUCGGCUGCAUUUCAGACAGCUGGUCGUCAGGCCUUUUUCGCCUAUCCCAAUGGAGGCCAGAUUGAUACACAAGUGAGCCAAACAUUGUACACAUCUUACUUAAAUACAGUAUACAAUAUAUAUAUAUAUAUGGAUAUGGAUAUAUAA